AUGGCUCGGGCGGCCUGCCAGGUAUAUAAAGAGAGGGAGGAGAAGCCAUCGGUUGCAAUAUCAGCAACUGCAUUCGCUGCUGCAACUGCGAGCUCAGGAGUCACAAUGCGUCGCCUCCUCCUCCUCGCCUGCGCCGCCUCCUUCGGCGUCCUCCGCUCGGAAGCCGUCCUGAUCAUCCCUCUGGAGCCGGGCAUCCUGCCUCUCUUCCCGACCAACUUGGUGGCAGGAGCGACAGGCGCCUCCUUGGCCUUCCCCAUGGGCGCCUUCCUCCUGGCCGCAUCAAUCGCGCUCAAGGGCGCAGUAUUCAUCGGCGUCAUCAUCGCCGGGGCGCUCGACGGGGGGACGCUGGUGAAGAAGCGCUCCGUCGGCCAGAUCUCCGAGAUCGAAUCCGAACUCCUGUCUACCAUCGGCCAGCUCGACACCCACGGCUGUCUCAUGAAGAUGCUGUGUAUCCUCCAGACGGAAUCCCCGGAGUCUCGCACGCCCGAGGAGAAUGUCCUGGUUGACCUCUUGUCGAACAGCGUCUUGACCUUCUCGAACGAGGUCAACGCGACGGUUCUGAAUCCGAGCGAGGAGGGAGGUGUUCCGAUCCACAGCGCUGAGGACUGUGAUGCGUUCUUUAGCAUGUGUGCUUACGAGAAAGAGAUACUGAGAGGGCUUCUUCGACAUGUCUUUAGUUGCGGGAUGCCCUCCUUGUAAAUAGAGGAGGAGAGGGAUGGAGGAACGGAGAGAGGGAAGAAGGGAAAGGGAGGCAGAGGAAUAUAGGUACAUAGGGGGAGAGCGAAAGACUAGCAGACGGAAGCAAAAUGACAGAGAGAGAGAGAGAGAGAGAGAGAGAGAGAGAGAGAGAGAGAGAGAGAGAGAGAGAGAGAGAGAGAGAGAGAGAGAGAGUGAAUUUCGAGACAGAGAGACAGACUGACAGAUAGAGAAUACAAUCA